AUGGGCUCCGGGGUGGGGCAGAGCAGGGAGGGGCGCCAGGGCGCCUCUGUGGUUCUCGGGGAGGUCACUGGCAGUUGCCGGCAGAGGAGGCGGCGCGACCCGCCUGCCAAGUGCCCUGCUGGGGAGAGCGAGUCCUUCAAGCGGCGCUGGUCACACACCCGCUCCACCUCGAAGAGCGUGGGCUGAAAGGGGUGGUGGCCCGAGGAGCUCUACCUCGCAGCCACGACACAAGGAAAUGGCUCGAAAGGCCCAGGAGUGACCUUUCUGCCCUUCCCUGCUUGAAACGCCGGAACGAAAGGCCUCGGGGGCCUGAUGCUGCAUUGGUUUUUGGAGAAACUGUCACCUGAGACAAAUGGAGGAAAAUGGGUGCCAGGAUCUCACUAAAUUUCGAAAUUACCCAGGCUGGGUUUGGACGUGAUCCUCCUGCCUCAGUCUUCCAGAGCACUGGGAUUAUGAUUUGUGCCAGCAAGGGAGUGGAGUUCCUGACUGAGAACCUCGCUCGGCUUAGGUUGCAAUGGUGCCUCAGUUUCCCCAGGUUCCUGGAGGCGGACUCAGGAUGCACAGCAGGACCCCUACACCCUUCCGGUGGAGGACAGCCUUUCUGCUCAGGUGGCCUCCUCUGAUGCAGUGUGGGCGAUCCACCAGUCGGUCUGGUGCCUGCACUUGUACACGUCUCUCGUACCCCAGCUGAAGGACACGUGUGAGCUGCGGCCCCACUCCACAUGGACCUGACCACACACAGCACAUCUCUGGCGAGUGGCAUCCUCGGUGAGCUCUGUGCAACCUUUCAGUAUUUUACUGCAUACCUCCCUCAUUUAUUUAGAAAAUGUCAUGAGAAAAAAAAGCAGAGAAAGAAUGUCACAGAUCUCAUGAAUGCAACACAGUAAAACUGGAAGGGAAAAUGAUCUAGUGACUUAAAACUGUGGAUCUUUGGAUUCAGCUAGACACUGUUACAGUUCUCAGGAGGAAGCUACCCGGCGGGGGAUUGAGUUGUGAAGGAAAAGAAAACAGCAAAGAAUCUGAGGUGCUGCAGAUCAGAACUACCUGUGGGGUAAAGAGGGGCCACAGAGGGAAUCUGCUCUUCUGGGGUGUGCUGUGAUACACAGCAUAGGGCUGGGGGGAUUAGGGUGCAGCGUUUUUCAGGGCUGUGAUGACACUGUGGUGUCAUCUGUGAUCUCCUCAGCAUCCAUCAGUGGCGGCCUUCAGGAAGGGGGGACAGGGGAGGGGCUCCCGCUGCCUCCUCUGAUGGAGCACCCAUCCCUCAUUCAGUGUCUCACCCAGAACCUCCCCUCUCAACCUGACUCAGCCUCUCCCUGGACGUCCUUACCACUGUGCCAAUGCUCAGGAAACCCAGGGAUGGAAACUAUGUGACACGACAUCAGAGGGUCUAACAGCAGGUCUAGAAUGUGGGCAGCUUUGGGAAAGAUAGUGCCGUUUCCUCACAGGUAAGGGCAAGGGACAGAGGGAACCCCAGGAUGGAAAGAUGCUCCAGAGGCCCCGGCCAUUGGCAUGGUGGGCAGCUGUUUGCCCACCAGACUGAUGUAUAAGAGUGUAGAAGACGACCUGGGCACCUCUCCUUGAAUGCAGAACAGCUGCUACAACAUUAGUUAAAUCGAGUUUUAUUUCCUUAUACUGCUGUGUACAGAGCUGGCUAUGGUAUUUCUUUGUCUCUUAGGUAAUCUUUGGGGCCAUUCUGACAGCCUCACAUAGUGCUGUCUGUAAAAGAUCUGAGCACAGCACAUGGCAGAGCCAGUCAGCUCCAGGAAUGUCAGCUGGGUGCCAGACUCAAAGUAAGAGGCUCUGAGUUCCCAGAGAACAAAAGUUUACCUAUCAGAAACUAAAGCAGCAGCCUCCUAAAUUCAGCCACACACUAGCCCAAUCCGGUUAUGCAGACUGGUCUUUUUGCUUAUCUACUUGCAUGUUGCAGAGAUGCUUUUCUCCCCACCUGGUGGCCAGCUCAGGUUACUCACCAUCCUCAGUGUCACUCAUUCUCGAGCCACCCCCUUCUCCACAGGAGAAUAAAUUCCGGGACAGGCCUUGGAUCAGGGCCUUUGUCCGCACUUGGGUUUGGUUUAGGGUCCCUUGGCUGCCCUUAACUUUGAAUCUGUCUUGGUGUCUUCCCUCUUGCUGUGGGUUGCUUUGGAGGUGGUGGAUUGCAAUUAACUUGCCGGGAUUCCGAUAAUGUCUCAAUGGGAGUACAAAUUUAACUUUCUGGAUUGUGAGGAAGAUUAGAAAAGGAAUUAUGACACUUAGAUUACAACAUUCCAUGCUGGUAUUACAAUAUAAGAGAACCACAGGGGGAAGCCUGGUAUUCAAGGCUAUCAAAGCAUCAGUAUGGAUUUUUCCAGGUACCAUGGAUGGUGAUACGAUGCUUCUAUGUUUUAAGAAAAGAGUUCUUGUUUUUUGGAAAUACGUACUAAACUAUUUACACAUUUUAAAGAGCUCCGAAAGAGACUGAGUACCUUAGGGUGUUGUAAGAAUUUUCAUUCUCCAAAGACAGUGCCCCACGGUGCAUACAUCUCAGCUCGGAGUUCUGCCUGGUGCAGGGCGAACAUUCAGGAGAGCAGGGCAGGUGUCAGGAGACUUCCCCAGCUCUGAUCCUCUCCUCCUGUCCCAGAGAACACUGAGCCCUCCCCACCCUUUUCCUAAUGCUGACUUUACCUGGUUUGAGCCACCGUGUUAUUUGCUGGGCCAGGACAAGGUGAUAAAGUAAGGCGCUUGUUCAAAAGCAGGAAAGAAGUGACAUCAAAGGUACUGAAAAGACAAACUUUUUUUCUUUUUUCCUUUACUCUGCAGUCUGUCUCCACUUGUCACAGUUGGUUAGUUUUGGUCAUUUUGUUUGUUGGUGUUUUUGAGUUUCUGAGACAGGGUCUUACUGUGUAGUCCAGGCUGGCCUCACACUAGUGGCAAUUCUCCUGCCUCAGCCUCCCAAGUGUGCCACAAAGGCUGACUUGUCUUUGAUGAUUUAAUGUCACUUUCCAUUGCGCAUGGGGAGGUUUAUGUGGCAGAUGCAGAAUGCACAGGUGCCCAAGCGCGCCACCUUGCAGGAUGCCGUGUGCCUGGCCAGCGAUGGCUACGUCAAUCCAGGCGCCUCUUCCUCCGGCCUGCUACCUCAGCCACAUGGACCAGGGACUGUGCCCACUGCACGGGUCACCCUGGAUCCCUGCAUCGGGGACAGGGGAGAGCCCCAAAGCCAGCUGCUGAGGCGCACACUAUUCCUGCCUGCAGGGAACUGCUAGCUGCUGCCCCACAGCCCUGCCGGGCUCUUAUUUUCCGUGUUUGUUGCUUUUCUGCCAGCUCUGGCAAACUCCGGAGAGAAAUGAGGAGAGGAAGCCUCUUGCAGUGUGCCUGGUCUCGCUGGCAGGUUCAGCAUUUCACUGUCAGGUUUGAUAUUCCUGCCAGGGUUUUUGUCAACAUCUCUCACCCCUUUAAAUGGGUUCUUUUCUAUUCUAGGAUCUCCUGGCUUCUGGCAUUCCUGUCGAAAAGUUGGUUGUCACUCUCAUUCUUGCUGCUUUGAGUGAUUUUUGUUUGUUUGUUUUUUCUGUGUAGGGAUUGACCCCCGUAUCUUUACACCGAGCUACAUCUCCAGCCCUUCCAGCUUUUUAUUUUGAUACAAGGCCUUGUUAAAUCGCUAAUUGCCCGAGCGGGACUCAAACUAGCCAUCUCCUGCCUCAGCUUCCCAAGUGGCUGGGAUUACAGGUGUGUGAGACAAUGGCCUGCUGGCUCUCGAUUUCCAUCAGUAACACUGAUUUGCCUGGGAAGAAUUCAUCUUUAGGAAGCCUGGAAAUUGGACGCAGGCCCUUGUGCUCGCCAGGCAAGCCCGCCACUGUGAGCAAACUCCUCGGCUGAUUCGAUCCUCUUUGGAGUUGGCGGAGCAUCUUGAUUUGGGGUUUUGGUGUCUUGUCAGCUUUGGAAGUUUUUCAGAUUAGUGUUUUUUCGAAUAUUCCUUGCUCCAAGGCAGGGGGAUCGCUGGGAGUUCGAGGCCAGUGUGGGCUACAAAAGUUCAAGGCCAAUCUGAACUGCAUGGAGAAACCCUGUCUCAAAAAGACAAAAAAAAGUUCCUUUCCCCACCCUCUCUCGCUGCUUCAGCACCCUAAUUGUUCCGCCGUCACACCCUGGUUCCACCUGUCCCUUCUGCUCAUCUUGGCAUGGCCCACCCUUGAGAAGACUUGGCCUGGCCUUUGGGCAUGUCCCUCUGGGUCUUGGCGUACAGCUUGGCAUGGAGCCUCGCCUCCUCCACUCUGGCUGGGGCUGAGUUCUGAUUGCUGGGCCGACUUAAAACCGAUGACCAUGAGUGAGGUCUGGGCUUUUCCGAUGCUUAGAGAAAGGAACCCAUCCUCUGGGCCUGCCGGGGAGGAAGUCGGAAGUCCCGGCCUCAGCAGGAGUGAGGGAAGGACCCUUCUGCCUUGUGCCUCCCAAGCCCCCUACAGCCCUGGGGACCCAGGUGUCCUUGAUCUCUGCUCCAUGGUCCCGUGGCCAUUGUCCGGGUCUCUGUGUCCCCUCCUCUUACAAGGACACCAGUCAGAUCACUUUGUGAGGCCCCAGGAAGACGAACGGCUCCUGUCCACCGGGCAUCUUCCCACAAUACGGCCACCCGCCUGCUUUGGUGUUCGCUGGCCUACAGCAGCUGUGUAUGUCCCACCCAGUGCUACCGACGCCGGCUCUGCUCACCUGACUGUGGCCUGUGUUCAGGCUCCUGUGGGAGAAGCACCAGCUGCGGGCUUACCUCUUGGGGUCUCCUUCCCCUGGGAUCCGUCUGGACUCAGCCUGGGACACUGCCCUUGGCCGUUUCCCAGCUUCCGCAGUUGUCCUGAACGCACAGUUUGCCAAUUUGUCUUCAUGGAGAGAAACAGAAGUCUCACCGGGCAUUUCUUUCUCCCAGGCUCACGUCCGCAGAGCACAGGGGACCGGCUCAGGGGCCUUCCUGUCGGUUUACACGAGGUCGAGGUCAGGCUAAGGGAAGUGCUUCAGCACUGCGUGACCUCGGGGAGCCCCACCUACUGUAGAGUCCUGCGGCGCCUGUUUCUUCCCAUGGCUUGUUUCCUUCCUCGGAUUCAUUUGAAAGUUAUAUUUGUAAUCCCCUUGAGACGUGAUUGGAAUCCCGGCAAGUUAAUUCCAAUCCACCACCUCCAAUACAACCCACGGCGAGAGUAAAGACACCAAGACAGAUUCCAACUUAAGAACAGCCAAGGGGUCCUGAGUCCAAUCUCCGUGAGGGUGUGCAGAGAGGCCCUGAUCCUAGGCCUCUCCCAGCAUUCCUUAUCUUGUGAAGAAGGGGCGUGGCUCCAGGAUGAGUGACAGUGAGGAUGGUGGGAAUCACGUGAGUAACCUGAACUGGCUUGGCAGGUGGAGAGAAAAGCAUCUUUGCAAAAUGCAGGGAGAAUGACAUGCAAAAGGAUCAGUCUGCAUAAUACAAUUCAGGUAGAAAUUGAAUUGUUGUUGGAUGCUGAUGCUUCAGUUACUAAUAUGUAAACGUUUUUUUUUUCUUUUUUCUUUUUUUUUUUUUUUGGUCUUUUUCGUUUUUAUCGGUACCAGGGAUCGAACUCAGGACUGCCUGCUUGCAAGGCAGGCGCUUAUGCCGCUGAGCUAAAUCCCCAGCCCCACUAAUAUGUAAACUUUUGUUCCCUGGGGACUCAGAGCCUCUUACUUUGAGUCUGGCACCCAGCUGACAUUUCUGGAGCUGACUGGCUCUGCCAUCCCUUGUGUGUGGAUCUUUUACAGACAGCACUAUGCGAGGAACAGGAGGCUGUCAGACUGACUUCAAAGAUUACCCAUCAGUACUUCAGCCGGCCUUACUUGCAUUGCUUAGAGCCAGUUGAAGAGAAGAAAUACCAGCGCCAGCCCUGUACAUAUCAGUAUAUGGAAAUAAGACUCCAUUUAACCAGUGUUGUAGCAGCUGUUCUGCAAGCAAGCAGAGGAGCUUGUGUCGUCUUCUACAACCAUCACUGUUGGAUUCCAUCACUGAUGAAGCUGACAUCUGCUGGCAUUCCCUGCUGUGCAUUUGCUCCAGUUCCCUUUGCAGAUGGCGAGUGUUUCUGUGGGGACUUUGAGACUCAUGCAAACACCAUUCCUCAUAGACACUACCGAAGGUAGUGUCUGUGUAUCACCCCUCCCUCCCCUUCCUGCCCUCCUUCUCCCCCUCCUUCCCCUCCCGCCCUCCCUUUGUAUCACCUGGUUUUCUUCCCACUUGGCGAAGCCAGUCUUCAGGUACCUUCUCAGAAGGGACGUCUCGGGGACGCAGGUCUGAGCCUGCGUGACAGUGUCUCCCUUGGGAAGAAGGAGGCACCACUCCUUCUUGAAUGGCUACUUGGGUUAGUUACACAGCUCUAGGUAGGAGACUCUUUGCAGCCUUUGUUUUACUGUCUCCCAGUGUCCUGUGCUGCUGUUGAAAAGCUGCUGUUAUUCCAACUUAUAAAAUCUCCUCUGAAAUAUUUUAAAACUUGUUUCUAGAAAGUUUUUUGGUGGGAAAAGUGUCUCCCAUUUUGGUGCUGGGCACUCUCUGACCUGGUCAGUCUGGAAAAGCUUGCUCCUCAGUGGUUGCAGUGUGGGUUCUUUUUCCUUUAGUAAUCUAUUCUCUGAAGAAAAUGUGGCAUAUGUACAUUGUGGAGUACUAGUCAGCCAUAAAAAAGACAAAUUUGAGUCAUGUAGGAAAGUGGGUGCACCUUGAGACCAUAGGUUAAAUAGUAUGUGAGUUUUCUUAUACAGUAAGAGAAACCCAAAGUAUAAAUAAUUUAAGUAACAAAAUAAAAGACAGAUGGUAGGAAACAGGAAGAGAGACCUUUUGGAGAAGAGAAAGGUAUCUAGGGAUGGAGAGAUAGGGGAGGGAAGUAAAAAAACUGAGAUGUGAUACAUAUGUGUACCAACUUCCCACUGAUGAAUGUGUUCACUUUGUACCAUAAUCAUGUACUAAUAAAAAUUGUUAAACUUAA